GUCAUAACCGCCAUGGCCAGCUAUCCAGACGGGCAGAGUUACCCAGGAGCUGCAGGACAGGUACCUGGACCACACCCCGGUGGCUACUAUCCUGGACCUCCCCAUGGUGGGGGCCAGUAUGGCAGUGGAUUCCCCCCUGGUGGUUACGGAGCUCCUGCCCCUGGAGGACCCUAUGGCUACCCCAGUGCUGGAGGAACCCCCUCUGGAACUCCAGGCGGACCAUAUGGCGGUGGACCUCCAGGAGGCCCCUAUGGUGGUGGACCUCCAGGAGGCCCCUAUGGUCAGGCACAUCCAAGUCCCUAUGGUACCCAGCCGCCUGGACCUUAUGGACAGGGUGGCGUCCCCCCCAAUGUCGAUCCUGAGGCCUACUCCUGGUUCCAGUCAGUGGAUGCCGACCACAGUGGCUAUAUCUCACUCAAGGAGCUGAAGCAGGCCCUGGUCAACUCCAACUGGUCCUCAUUCAAUGAUGAGACGUGCCUCAUGAUGAUAAACAUGUUUGACAAGACCAAGACUGGCCGAAUUGAUGUCGUCGGCUUCUCAGCCUUAUGGAAGUUCCUCCAGCAGUGGAAGAACCUCUUUCAGCAGUAUGACCGGGACCACUCGGGAUCCAUCAGCUCCACAGAGCUGCAGCAAGCGCUGUCCCAGAUGGGCUACAACCUGAGCCCUCAGUUCACGCAGCUCCUGGUUUCCCGAUACUGUACGCGCUCUGCCAUUCCCGCCAUGCAGCUGGACUGCUUCAUCAAGGUGUGUACCCAGCUUCAGGUGUUGACUGAGGCCUUCCGGGAGAAGGAUACGGCUGUACAGGGCAACAUCCGGCUCAGCUUUGAGGACUUUGUCACCAUGACGGCUUCAAGGAUGCUAUGACCCAGCCUGCCUAAAGGGUGUGGAGCACACCAGGGGAUGUGGGCCUCUCCUUUCCUCCUCUCCUAGCAAAAAGUGUUUCCUGGCCUGAGCUAGGAAGGACAGAGGUUGGCUAUCCUGGGCUGUGGAGUGGCAUGGCCCUGGAGUAGGGGCCCUAGAGUAGCAAUGGGUUAGUGUCUGGUCAGCUGUCCUGGCCUCUGGCCUUCCCCCCUUCUCCCUGAUGCCAGUGCUAAGUGCUCCUUGGCUGGCCUACCUGUCAUCUCUCACUGACCACCAGGUCAGAAGAGCCCAGUUUCUGCACAGUGGAGUCAGACUGAGCGGGAGGGAGAUUUGCUGGGACCAGAGCCUGGGAUUCUUCAGCUCCCUCAAGCCUUGUAUCUUAACAUUAAUUUUCCUGAAGCUUUGCCUGAGCAAGAAGCUUGGGCAUUCUGCCAUCUUGGCCAUAUCUGAUGAGGCUCAUGACCUCCAAAACUCGGACCCCUCGCUGGCCUGCCACGUUCUACUCAGCUUCCCUCCCCAGGGGCAUUGUCACAUCCUACUGCCAAUGUUGUUUCUAAUUUGCUUUUUUUUUCUUUCCCAUUUGGGGCCAAAAGUCCAGGAAACUGUAAGAGUCAAUAAAAGACUGCAGUCCCAUGUU